ACUAAAAAAAAAACCCAAGUAGUAAAAGUUUUAUCUUGUGAACUUUGUACUAAUAUCGUGGGUGUUGCAGGUCCAUAAAAGGCUCAUAGGAUCUGCUGCAGGCAAACUAGUUACUCCAGCUGACUGAACUCGUCUCAGUGAAAAUGCCUGCUGACUACAAUGGAACGUGGGAGAUGGAAAGCAAUGAAAACUUCGAAGGCUACAUGAAAGCUCUCGGUAUAGACUUUGCUACACGCAAGAUCGCUCAGCACCUGACUCAAACUAAAGUGCUCUCCCAGAAUGGCGACAAGUUUGAAACAAAAACCCUGAGCACCCUCAGAAACUACGAGUUGAACUAUACAGUUGGGGAAGAGUUUGAGGAGCACACCAAGGGGCUGGACAACAGAGUGGUCAAGACACUGGUGACGUGGGACGGUGACAAGCUGGUUUGUGUUCAGAAAGGAGAGAAGCAGAACCGAGGCUGGAAACACUGGAUUGAAGGAGACAAACUGCACCUGGAGAUUACAUGUGAAGACCAGGUCUGCCAUCAGGUUUUUAAGAAGAAAAAUUAGGCAGAAUGGUUUUCUGUGUAUAUAUGAUGCAUGCUUUGUAUAAAACAUGUAUUAAAGUCUAAUACAAUGUUUGCAACACAUUCAUAUUCAUCUACUACUGUAAGAAAGUAAAUAAAAAAAAUAAAAAGUUUUUAUUCUUUUGUAUAA